AUGAAGGUGAACAACAAACGAAAGGCGAAUAAAGCACGUUCAGAUAUCGAUGAUAACGAAGACGUUGAUCCAUCAACAACUUUGUCAAAGAAAAUGCGUACAUCAGCAUAUACUAGCCGCCAAUCUCGGUCAACAGUCAGCGACAACAAUCAAGCAUUAACACCUUGCAAUAAUAAUAUCGAAUUGGCAUCACCAAGCAAUCCUAUUUUUGUGCUUCCAUUAAGCAGUAACAGAAUAUUACCAUCAUCGAAUGGUUUGCAACCUGAAUUAGCAUCGAGUAGCAAUAUUUUAUCUCCAUCGUUAUCAAACAACAAUGUGGAUACUUCACCACCAUCAGCAGGUAAUAUUUCGUCAUCAUUAUCAAAUUUGUUUACUACUUCAUCAAUACCAACGAAUAUUAUCAUGUCAAAUUCGUCAAAUGACCAAAAUAUUACAUUGCCACCAACAACAAAUGAUAAUAUGAUAUCAGCACCACCUGAUCACAUUUUAAAUCAACAAUCACAUAGCAACAAAUCAAAUAGUCGUAGGAAUGUGUCGAACGUUUGGCUGUAUGCAACGAAGAGUGAAGAUGGAAAAACAGCCACAUGUGGAAUAUGUGGUUUCACAUGUACUACUGCAUCUCAUUCAACCUCCACAAUCCGGUACCAUUUGAUUCGCCGACACAAUAAAGUGGAAUUGAUUAUUAAUUCAGAACCAGUUUCUGUGGAAAAAUCAGCUAUUUCCAAUCGUUUCAAGCAGGAGUUACAUAAUCUAUGUUACAAUGCCAUAGUCAUGGAUCAUCGACCAUUUAAUGAUUUACGAAAAAGAGGAAUUUCAUUGAUCUUCGACAAAUUAUGUCCAGGAUUUGUUCCACCUCAUCGUAAUCAAGUUUCGAUUCAACUACGACGUAUGUACAAUCAGCAAUAUCAAAUUUUAAAAGAAGAACUCAAAUUAAUCGAUCAUAUUGGUUUAACAUUGGAUUUUUGGUCCACACGUUCGGGAAUUUCCUGUCUUUGUAUUACUGGUCACUGGUAUAAUGAUACAGCUGAUUUUUUCUCCAAAAUUAUCCAUUUUUCAUCUUUUAAUGAACGACACACAGCCGUUAAUAUAGCUGGUUGUAUUAAACAAAUUCUUAUCGACUUGGAAAUAUAUGAAAAAAUUAUUAGCAUAACCUGUGAUGGUGGUGAAAAUUUGGUGGCUGCUUGUAGAAAACUUGACGUAUCUAUUAAACGUAUUUGGUGUUGCGCACAUAGGUUACAUUUAGUCGUGAUCAAUGCUUUAGGCUUCUGGAACAAAGAAAAGAAGGUGGGUGAUAAGCAAACAGUUGAUUUAUCGAGAGAAGUUCCACCAGCAACUGAUGAUGCUGUUUCUAAGCAACACGAAGAACUGAUGGAAACCAAUAUGUUCAAUUCACCUGAAACCGAUGCUUCUUUAUCGAAUGAAAUCGACGAUCAUGCAAUUAUUGAAGACGAUGUAGUUAUGUUUGGUGCUGCUGAUGAGUACAAAGAUAUCGAAAAUGCAGAAGAAUCUGAUCCGACAGUUGACGAUGACCCCAAUAUUGAAACACAAGAUCUUGAUCUAAUUCACGACAACUGGUCAACAAGCAUUGACACGAAUGUAAUUACUAUUGAUGUAGUUAAAUUAAAUAUGAAAAUAUUAAAGAAAUGUCGUUCAAUAGCCACAAUGUCAAGGAAAUCAUCUAUUAUAUCAAAUUUUCUUCGAUCAUUAUCAUUAAAUACAAUAAUAUCAAACGAUUGCAAGUCCAGAUGGAAUUCCACCUCUAAAUUAAUUGAUUCUGUUAUUAAAAAUAAAAAUUCAUUGAUUAAAUUAUUUCUCGAUAAACGCUCUUUGAAAUUACGCAAAGAACAAUUCGACAAAUUAAGUGAGAUCGAGUUAUCUAUUGAAGAUUGGGACUUCUUAACAUCACUCAGUCGUGUUUUGAAGCCGUUUGCAUGUAGUACUGUUAUGAUGUCUGGCAAGAACUAUCCAUCUAUUGGACUUGCUUACCAUGCAAUUCACAAGCUUAAAUCGUUUUGCGAAAGUGAAGGUGAAAAUGAACAUAUCAAAGAAUUAAAACAAUUAUUAUUGGAAAAAAUUUACAAAUAUUUCUGUUAUGAUCUGGAACAAUUCGAUCAUUUUCAGAAACAUGCAUAUUUCGAUCCAUGUGCACAUCUGAGUUUCAAUGAUGCUGAAAAAAAUCAAUGUGAAAAGUAUAUCAAAACUUUAAUACUAAACAAUAUUUAUCCUCGAAAGCGGAUGGGAUCAGAUUCAAUACAAACGGCAUCAUCAAUGGCUAUUGUUCCAACAUCUUCUCAACGGCAAAAUCUCGUUUUACAAGAUACAUCAUCGAAACAAUCCGCUUAUGAUGAAUUCCUUGCUGCUUGUGGUGAACAGGAUUUUACACAAGAAACUAUAAAGGAAAAGAGCACACGUAUUUCCCUUAAUGAUGAAUUGAAGUGGUUUCGAAUAGCUGUUCAAGAAUUUAAUUCAAAACACAAGCCUUCGACUAAAAGCGUACUUGAGUUUUGGAAAACUCAUUAUAUUCAAUUGCCACUGUUAUGGAAUUUAGCAAAGGUACACCUCGUUACAUCUGGUACAAGUGUGGCGAGUGAAAGUGCCUUUUCAUGCUCAGCAUAUGUUGCUCGUAAAGAGCGUGCUCGACUUUCUAUCGACAAUUUAGCUUUUUCAGUUUUCUUAAAGGACAAAUUAGAUAAACAGUGA